AUGGAGAGGAACUUCCCUGUACCUGCAGGCGACAUUGCGCGUGUGCGUAUCAUCGACACAACAACCAGCAUCAAAACUCUCGAAACUCACCAUGUCCUCAAGCCACCCAUGCCUGGCAUGUAUGUGUUGCCUGAACUGCCGACCUGGUCCUUCCUAGUGGAGAGCCCCGGCGGUCGCAAGGCCCUGUUCGACCUGGGCAUUCCCCCGAAUUACCAGGAAUUCUCGCCUUGGGUGCUGAGGUUCUUGAACAUGGACGGCUGGGGCUGGCAAGUCUCGUCCAAAAGACACGUUGCAGAUAUAUUGAAAGAUGCAAUGGUGGACCCUGCCUCGAUCACGGAUAUCGUCUGGAGUCACUGGCACUGGGAUCAUAUUGGUGAUCCAUCGACAUUCCCAUCAUCCACUCAGUUGGUCGUCGGCCCGGGCUUCAAGGAGGCCUUUCUCCCGGGAUACCCAGCCAAACAAGAUUCGCCGAUACGGGAGAGUGAUUAUAAGGGCCGCGAACUCCGCGAGAUCACUUUUCACGAGCCCAAGGAUGUCCUCCAAAUCGGCCCAUUCCGUGCCUUCGACCUCUUUGGCGACGGCUCAUUCUACCUACUGGAUACCCCAGGCCACGCCAUCGGCCACUUGGCCGGCCUUGUUCGCACCACACCGGACACCUUCAUCAUGAUGGGCGGAGACCUGUGCCACCACGGUGGUGCGCUACGCCCGUCUGAACAUAUGCCACUGCCAAGGGAGGUCUGGCUUGAUGCUUUCCAGGGUUUCCCAGGCGGCUUUUGUCCUGGAACUGCAUUUGAGAAAAUUCAGCAAGACCGAGGGAGAAGGCCAGAUCAACCCUUCUUCGAGCCGGCAUAUGGCGAGGACAUCCCGUUGACCAUGCAGACCAUCGGCAAAGCGCAAGUCCCGGACGCGGCCGCCAAUGUCUUAUUCAUUUCCGCUCAUGAUACGAGCAUCAGAGGCAUUGUGGACCUCUUCCCGUUGGAAGCGAAUGAUUGGAAGGCCAAAGGCUGGCGUGACCAGGUGUACUGGAGAUUUCUAGAGGAUUUCAAGGAUGCGGUCCAGGCCUGA